ACAUAGUUAUAGUUGACCCUUAACAUAAAUACAUGCAACUAAGACAAUUAUCUUACGGUUAGUAUAGAAGUAUUCACCAAACAAAAAUUUAUCACAAUGGUAUGGGUUAAUGAAUUGUUGUGUUUGUUUGAAUUGACUUAGUUUUUUAGCAAUUUUCAUAGGCUGAAAAGAACCUUGCUUUCAAGUUUUCAUCCAACAUAAUGUAUGAGAUUUAUCUAAAUUAGGCGUUCAUAUGUUGUGGUCUACACUCUACAUAUACAAAUAUACAUUAUAUGAACAAUAUCAAGCUUUAUAUUUUAUGAGUCUAAAAUAAUGAACGUUCAACUCUUGAGUGGUUAUUCAAAGUAUUAAGUAUGUGUAUAUAUUAGAUAUAUGGCUAAUUAUUUAUCUGGUUAAUUUGGUUUGGCUGGUUAGGAAUGUCUGAAACCAAACCAAACCACCUAAACCAAACAAGGUAAAAACUUUAACCAAACCAAACCAAUUAUCCAAAUUAACCAAACCAAAUUAUCCAAAUAGUACUGGUUAAAACGGUUACCAUGGUAACCACACCGUUUGAACACCCCUACAUGAUAGCAUCCUGGAGCGAGCCCAUUCGGAUUAUUAUUGUUUUUCAUAUUAUUAUUUGUUGGAAUAUUUGGAUAUUAUUCGGUUAUUCCUAUUACUUUGGGUCUAGAAUUAUUAUUUACAUGUCUUGUUUAGGAAGUAAUUUACUUGUUGAUUUAGGUUUGUGUUUCCUAGUCUUAAGAGGAAGGGGGCUUGUAGGAUUAGUCAUAUAAAUAUGUACAUUUGCUCUUCGUUUUAUUCAUUCGAUCAAUAAAGUAUUUGUAAUUAGUAGAGAAAAGUAGCUCUUUUUAUUGUAUUCUAUAGUUCUUUUGUUAAAUCGCUCGAGAUCACCAGUGCGAGGAACCCGAUCCUCCAUCAAUUGGUAUCAGAGCCUGGUUCCGAAUGAACCAAGCCAGGAGAUUAUGCCACCACGAAAGCCACCAUCACAGUCUGCAUCGCUGGAGGUCGCCGGCGACGAGGAGAUCGAGCCGCAGAUUCAAGCCCUCCUCGGUCAAUAGAAAAUGAUCGUCGCCAAGGUGGAAGCCUAGGAUGCACUAAACCGCAAGCACGAAGCAGCCAUGGAGCACCUAUGCGUCGACGUAGGGCAACUUCAACGUGGCCAAUAGAAGCUCCAAGAUGGCCAAGAUCGUUAGAAGGAGGAGAUUAACGUCAUCCGCGUUGAACAAAAUCGGCUAGCCAACGAUGUUAGCUCGAUCCUUGCAAUCCUCCAGGAUCCGCCAUGGGGAAGGAAGGCGACCGAGUCGCCGAGGGAUCUUGACCGCGGCGCCAUGAAGGGAGGCCGCACCAUCGACCAAAUCUCGUCUGGGGAGAAACUGAAGGGAACCACCAACGGGGAGGCUCUCUCUCCUACUAGUCGGAGCUCGACGCCGACACCAUGAAUGAAGCAGGGGGUGACAGAUGGAGCACUAUCCAGGAGCGAGGGGAGUGGCAACGGAGGUAGCCAAGGAAUUCCUGUCGGAGUUGGCUGGGGAAACCUCGACACCUACGACGACGACGAGUGGGCUGGCGCUCAAGGGGGGAGGCCGCCAACUGGGCCUUCUUUGGAGCCCAAUGAUAUCAGAAACACGAGCCUGAUUCGUGGGCUUGGGCCAAACAUGGGCUGCUUUACUGGAGCACUACUCUAUGGAGUUGAUCCAGGAGCAAACGAAGGAGGUCGAGCUGGCGAGAGGCCGUAUGGGUCGGGGAUGGUAGUUGGUGGACCAGGUCAGGCAGAGUAGUGGACCGGGGAAGCAAACGUGCGCAAUGGGCCGGCAUGGUCGAGCGCAUAUGGGUCGGGUCUUUAGGCAAGUGGGCCGAGUCACCAUUUGCCGCCUAGUGGGCCAAGAGCGCAGGGAGUUGGGCCAGGCGGGCCGUGGGUCGCAGCAGGGGCAGGAGGAAGCUGGGCCGAGUCGCGACCGCCGCCGUACCAGCCGAGACAGGACACCUGGAGCAAACCAGCGAUGGGCCGCGUCGUGCCAGGCAAGCCGAGCGAACCUUGCUCGGGUGGACCGACUGGGUUCACCCAACCCGGGCACGGUUCGAAUCGUGCCGUGCCUAUUCAUGCUCGUGUCAUGCUCAUAUUCGUGUUUAAUGAAAAGGACGAAAACAAAAGAGAGAAUGAAAAAGAAGGUGAAAAUUGGACAGAGGAAUAUAGUAUUAAUCGAUUAUGUUUGAGAAAAGCAACAAAUCAGGGGAAAAGAAAAUUGGAAGUAUAGC